CUGGAGGUUUGUGUUUUUGGUAAGCAUGUAGUUUUAAGACAUUAUUUGUCACGGUAACGACUCGUUAAUUAAGUUCUAACAUCUUACAUGACUAAUUGUCGUGCUAUGGCGAUGUGUGUAUAUGUGAUUGGUGUAGUAUGUUUUCUGUGUUCAAACCAGCUCUUACAUUGGUUUUACGUUUUUCUAAAUAAAAACUAAAAUCAAUUGACCAAGUACCUCAAACGGGGACAAUAUGAAAACUGUAUUUAGUCUGUAUUUAGUAUUCACAUAUCAUAAUACAUAAACAUAUCCCAAUAUAUAAACCAAUACAAUGACAGUGUCAACUGCAGUAUCAGUUGAACUUUAUUGUUUUGCCUGGGCCAAUCAAAUGACAGUGUUAAUAGGAGAGCGUCUGUGAAAGUACCACCUCCUGUACUUUGGAACACAAUAAAUAGAGGCGCGGGUGUCCCAGCCUACAUUACUCGACAGACUCUUCUGAGACCAUGGUCCACUUCAGCCUGGGUACCACUCUGGUGCUAACUACAUGUAUGAUCUGGACUGCAGCUUCCACAAAGAGUAUCAUCACCUGUGACACGGGCGACAAUGUCCAACACCUGACCUGUGAGAGUGGUGUGAUCGGAGUACAGUCAGCACUGUAUGGACGUAAAGACAGGGAGACCUGCAGUGAAGGCCGACCUAAUAAUCAACUGACAGUUACAGACUGCUCUCAAAUGGGGACUGUGGACAUCAUUAAGAAAAGGUGCAACGGCAAGAAGGAGUGUGAAUUUAACACAAAUGUGGUCCGUACUUCUGAUCCCUGUGUUGGAAUAUUCAAAUACCUGGAGACCAACUAUACAUGUUUCGACGCAAGACAUGUCGUGAUUUGUUAUGGAUCUCUGGUUCAUUUGUCUUGCGAUGAAGGACAAGUAAUACUUGUGUAUGGAGCCGACUAUGGACGUCAUGACCACAAUACCUGCUCUUUCGGCCGGCCCACCACUCAAACAAAUGAUGUCGACUGCUCCAGCUCCAAUACAUUCUCAAUAAUUUAUGAGAGAUGUAAUGGGAAAAACAGCUGUACUGUCAUGCCAACAACACCCCUGCUCGGAGACCCGUGUGUUGGUACCUACAAGUACCUGGAGAUGGCUUAUGUGUGUGAAUAUCCUGGUGUGAUAUCACUGGUGAGCCAGAUCUACAGUAUGCUGCACCUCAGACUCAGCACUUCUCUCUUGCUGGCAACAACAUGUUUGCUCUGCUUAGCAGAUUCAAUGAGGACUGUUAAAACCUGUGGAGGUGGCAGUUCUGUCCACCGCAUCACCUGCGAUUCUGGUGUCAUCAAUGUGCAGACAGCACAGUAUGGAACUAAUGAUUGCUCAGGAACUGGAACAAGAAACUUUAUGAGGAAGAGCUGCGAUGGCAAAAAGGUGUGUGAGAUGAGCAUAGGAAAAUUCCGUACAUCUAAUAGGUGCCAUAGAACAUACACCUGUCUGGAGACCAAAUACACCUGCAUCCUAGCAAAUCAUCUUGUUAUAUGCGAGCUUUCUACUGCAGAUUUGUCCUGUGGUGUGGGAGAUGUCAUACGUGUGAUUGGAGCCGACUAUGGACGCCGUGAUCAGACUACCUGUAUUUACAAUUGGAAUUACAAUAACGUGAAAAACAUCUACUGUUCUAGACCCACAGACAAAGUUUCUGAGAGUUGUGAUGGAAAGAACAGCUGCACUAUCCGAGCCUCAAACUCAGUGUUUGGAGACCCAUGUCAGGGCACCUACAAGUACCUGGAGGUGGCCUACGUAUGUCUGAGGAGUGGCUAUUUAUCUCCAAGUUUGUGCAGAGGAAGAGCUGCAUAGUUGUUGAAAAAGCUAAGAGUUUUUUUUUAUUAAUUCACUUCGCAGAUGUUCACGUCAGUAACAUCACUGUAACAGUGCUUCAUGUGGAUGUGAAUAAACUGGGGCUAACUUUCACUUGAAUAUAAGUACUGUUGUUUUUUUGGGGACGUUUUGGCCUAUAUUAUGGCUCCCAACCUUAAGUCAGACUCUUCUGAUGAUUUUAUGUCCUUGAUCAGACAUGGGCAAACUGCGGCCUCGGGGCUGGAUAUGGCCCAUUUGGCAAACUUGUCCAAAUCAUAUUAUUAAUUUAUAUUAUCAUUAUACUUUUUCCAGCAAUACCAACAUUUCUUCAAUAGAUGGGGUAGAAAAGGCUUAAAACAUUUUAGCCUUUUUGCAUGAAAUUUACGUCAUAUAUCGUAGUUCACAAAAACGAGUUAAAAGGUUUGCCCACACCUGUCCUGGAUUAUGCUGUUGUUACCACUGUGUUAGCGUAGGUGACAUACUGUAUGUACUGAUGAACAGCAUAUGAGUAGCGAAAAUCAAGUUACGUUGCACCGUAGGAAUGGAAUUUCAACAUAAAUAGAGAACCCCUUGUGGGUCAAACUGACCAGGGAAUCAUAUGAAGGCUGAAGAUAUAUGCGGUUUAGGAGCAUGUGCUUUUUUUUUGUAAUGGUUUAUACGUUUUUCACAGAAUAAAAGUGCACAUGUAACAUUUACCUUUUUGCAAAAAAUCUGAAACAGGUCAAUGUUUUCUGAAUACAGUUAUAGUUCUACUGUAUUUUACUCCCUCCUACUGUUCUAAGCUAAACAGUGUAGGCCUGUGCUGCUGUAUUUUAUUGUAGGUUUUAUAAUAGAACUUAAUGAGUCAAAUAAUUUUGGAGUCU